CAAGGAAGGGAGUGGCUUUCCGGGAUAGGCAAGGGGACUAUAUAAUCGCCAGAGGGCUGGCGCGGCUCUGAUCUCUUCCACCGGUUUCUGCCUCUGCCGGAGGAGUGCGUUGGCAGCAGCUCUCGUACAGGACCCACCAUGUCCCAGGCUGGUGCUCAGGAGGCCCCCAUCAAGAAGAAGCGCCCCCCAGUGAAGGAGGAAGAUCUGAAGGGGGCCCGUGGGAACCUAGCCAAGAACCAGGAGAUCAAGUCCAAGACGUACCAGGUCAUGCGGGAGUGUGAACGAGCUGGCUGCACUGCCCCGUCAGUGUUCAGCGGCAACCGGACCGGCACCGAGACCGUCUUUGAGAAGCCCAAAGCCGGACCUGCCAAGAGUGUCUUUGGCUGAGACAUGCGCACCAUUCCCCUCACCGCUGCCAACUCCCAGACGCAGGAGCCUUUCCCAAAAACUUUCUUAUGCCAGAAUGUACCCUCUUACCUGCUGCCUGUGGGACUGCCACCCGCCCCUCACAGCCCUGGCCCCUCAGCCCAGGGACUCUGCACCAGCACCCGGGGAACACCAAUAAAGACAUGCCCAAGUGGCCCCAGGA